CACGUGGCGGUUCUAAAGAACUCGUUGACUGCAGGUUGCUCAUGUCGUGCGUUUGUUGCGAUUUGUAUCUUACUCAUACACGCCGUUGCUGUCAAGGCCUUCAAACUGAACGCCAGCGCUGGAAAGCCACCACUGCCGCCGCGUUCCCCGCCGCCGCCGCCGCAAGAGCUUAGCAGCUUUGGUCCUCGUGUUGGUGAGACGCGAUUAUCAGGCGCUGCGCUCAGUCGCCAUCGCUUAAGAAUGUCACUAAAGCGUGGUGAGGGGCCUCCGCCGGCAGCAUCAAGCGGUGCCGCAAUGAUGACCACAUCGCUUAGUGGCGUCAGUUUGAAUCAGCAGAAAAUUCCGACAGUCGUGACGGUCUACGACAGCGAGCAGAAAAAUGGCAACAGGAACAGCGCGAGCAUUAGCCAGCCCAAAUUUAUACGCUCGGACAUGGCCGAUGUGCCUGUGCAGCAGGCGGCUGGCUCCACUUUGCCCUUGGUGCUGACACGCAAAAAAGGCGGCGACGAUGGCGAGGAUGGCACCUACAAUCCCUUCGAGCAUCGCAAGGUGGAGCACCCCACUUCUGAUCUGGAGACAUUUGUGCAUCUGCUGAAGGGCUCACUCGGCUCUGGCAUUUUGGCCAUGCCCAUGGCGUUUGCCAAUGCCGGCUUAUGGUUUGGAUUGGUGGCCACCUUUCUUGUGGGCACGCUCUGCACCUACUGCGUGCAUAUAUUGGUGAAGUGCGCCCACAUCCUCUGCCGGCGUCGUAAGAUACCAAUGAUGGGAUUCGCCGAUGUGGCCGAGCAGGCUUUUCUGGAUGGCCCGCCCGCGUUGAAUCGCUGGUCACGCUUCAUACGCUUUAUGGUGAAUACGUUUCUGGUCAUUGAUCUGCUGGGCUGCUGUUGCAUCUAUUUGGUGUUUGUGGCCACGAAUGUGCAGCAGGUGGUCAAUGUGUAUACCGUUAAUGAGAUAAGCGUACGCAUGUGGAUUAUGAUUGUCUCGGCGCCGCUGGUUUUCAUGUGCCUGGUGCGCAACCUGAAGUUCCUGACACCCUUCUCCAUGGUGGCCAACAUACUUAUGUUCGUGGGCAUUGUCAUCACAUUUGUCUAUAUGUUUACCGAUCUGCCGGCGCCGUCUGAGCGUGUGGGCGUCGUAUCUCCCGUGCAAUGGCCCCUCUUCUUCGGCACUGUCAUAUUCGCACUGGAAGGCAUUGGUGUAGUCAUGUCGCUGGAGAACGACAUGAAGAAUCCCUCACAUUUCAUAGGCUGCCCCUCGGUGCUGAAUCUAGGCAUGGGUCUGGUCAUUGGUCUCUACACGCUGGUGGGCUUCUUUGGCUAUCUGAAGUAUGGACCCGAUACGCAGGCUAGCAUAACGCUCAAUCUGCCGCUGGAGGACAAAUUGGCUCAAUCGGUUAAGCUUAUGAUUGCCAUUGCCAUAUUCUUUACCUUUACCCUGCAGUUUUAUGUGCCUGUCAGUAUAUUAUGGAAAGGAAUUGAGAGCAAGAUUUCUGCAGCGCGCCAAAACAUGAGCGAAUACGCGCUGCGUGUGAGCCUAGUGCUGCUUUGCUGUGGUAUUGCCGUGGCGCUGCCCAAUCUGGGACCAUUCAUCUCGCUUAUUGGUGCUGUUUGCUUGAGCACGCUGGGCAUGAUUGUGCCGUCUGUCAUUGAGCUGGCUGUGUACUAUGAGGAGCCUGGCUAUGGUCGCUUCAAGUGGCGCUUGUGGAAGAACUCGGGCCUGAUUAUUUUCGGUAUUGUGGGUUUCUUCACAGGCACAUAUGUGAGCAUACGCGAAUUUCAGGAGGAGUUCGCCGGAGGCCAUGUUGGUGACAGCCACUAAGUGGUGUUCGGUUCACUUUUGAGUAAUGCUAAUUUAUUUUUAAAUUAGUUUUUAAUAACACGCUAAGCACAGGGAUAUCUAAUUUAAGUUUUUAACUAAUUUUAGGGCUAACCAAAGUUUUGUAAGAUUUAUGCCUUUGCUAAAAAUUUCGACUACCGACCAAAUCAUCCACAAAAAUAUCCCAAAACGUUAGUACAUUUUAACAAACAGCUUAACCGUUACAAAAGAAACAAAAAAAAGAAAAAAACCAAAAACAAAACUAAAAACAAAAAAAGUAUUUGCUUUAGUCAAUGCCGCUUUGCUUGUGGCAUUGCAAGUUAUUUUAGAGAAUUUAUUUCUUAAAGUGAUUUUGUAAACGUAGUGAUCUUUUUGA